UUUUUUUUUAAUUCUAACUUAUAAUACCUAAAGGUAUCGGCAUAGACAAUUAAUAAAACAUUACAUACAUAUAUAUAGACUUCAUUUAAUCGAUACCCCUAAAACUUAAUAUAAAAAAGCUUUAAAUAAAAUUUAUAUGGUAGCAAUUUUUGUUUGAGGUGCGGAGUUGUGGAACUUUUACGAAUGUCUUAGAAAUCAGAUCGAGAGAAAAUGUGAAAAAUUCAAUUUUGAACUGUUUCAGAAUCUCUAUAUUCUUAUCAAAUAGAUUCAAAUUCAUAUAUAGAUAAUUACAACAAUGGUCGUUCAUAAUCCUAACAACUGGCAUUGGAUAGAUAAAAACUGUCUUCCAUGGUCAAAGGAAUACUUUGAUGAAAAUAUAAAAAACACCGUCGUCGAUAAAGAUGGCUUCAAAUAUACUAUCACUACCGUUGAAUCCAUUACUGGUGAUUGUGAUGUUACUCAAAGAAAAGGGAAAGUCUUAUGUAUAUAUGAUAUGUCAUUACUGUUAGGUGUGUCCGUCGAAGAAGUCAAAGAACAAUCUGAAGAUGAAAGUAAUGUCACCUCAGGAACUAUCUCUCUUGCGGAGUUCGUUCAUGAUCAAGAUGAUGAUGAGUAUGUCUUUGAAAUCAAAUCUGAUGAAAAGAGAACUGAAAUUAAAAAACAUCUUAUACCAGUUUUAAAAUCAAAAUUACAAAAAUUCCAACCUGAUUUAAUUGAAGCUCAUUCAAAAGAUGUUCAACAUGCUUCAAAUUAAAAGAACCAAUAUCUUGAAAGUCAAUCCAUCCCAGGUUCAUUCAACAUAUCUACAUAUGAUAUAUCAGUUUAUACAAAAAAAUGGCCGUCCUCUAUCUAUUAAAAAGUAAGAUUACAUAGAAAUUUAAUAAAUAU